AUGAAGUUGUCUAACAAGUUGAAAUCGGGUGAGGGGAAACUCACGGCUGAUAUGAGCUACUUGGAGCAAACAUCCCAGCUAAAGCAAAAUUUACGAAACAAGGCGGUCCCGGAUUUAACUACCAAAUCGAUUUCUGAUGUUGGUGUGUCUGAUUUACAAGUUGGAGGUGACUACGGUGGAGUUUCUCACGGUCUGAUGACUAUAAUGGGCAAUGCUGCCCUUGGAGCACUGAGUGGAGCUAUGGGAGGGAUCGGAGGCGCUGGUGCUCCUUUGCAGGCCUAUGGAAUGCCCGGGGCUGGAAUGAUGGGAGCGGGCAUGAUGGGACCGGGCAUGAUGGGACCCGGUAUGAUGGGAACGAGCAUGAUGCCGCAUCCAGGCAUGGGAGCGAGGAUGGCGCCACCGCCGAGAGGGUAUAUGGCUCAGCCGCCCAGAAGAAUGUAG